CUAUCUACAGGACACCAUUAACUUCCUGCUGGGCAUUCUAAAGAGGGAGCGUGAGAGGUCCCAGGCAUUUCUGGCUGUCGGCUUCCUGGCCAUUGCUGUGCAGGGUGAGAUACUGUCCUACAUGAGCCGCAUCAUGGACAUCAUUAGGGCAUCUCUGCCUUCAAGGGAACAUUCCAACAAAAAAAGUCGCCACAUUGUGGUGGAUCCAGCCGUGUUCACAUGCAUCAGCAUGCUGGCCCGGGCCAUGGGUCCACAGAUGACCCAUGAUGUCAAGGAACUGCUGGACAGUAUGCUGGCAACAGGUCUCAGCCCAGCCCUGACUGCGGCCAUGAGAGAGCUGGCUACACAGAUCCCUCAGCUGAAGAAAGACAUUCAGGAUGGGCUGCUGAAGAAUCUGUCAAUGAUCUUGAUGGGCCAGCCUCUGAGACAUCCUGGUGCACAGACCAUUUCGAUACCUCUGCUUUCUGCACCGCCCGUGAACGAUGCUGGUGAUAUCACUAAUGUAACCUUGGCACUGCGAACUCUGGGAAGCUUUGACUUUGAAGGCCACUCUCUGACACAGUUUGUGCGGCACUGCGCCGAGCAUUAUUUGGCAAGUGAACAUAAGGAGAUUCGAACCGAGGCAGUGAUCACAUGUGCCAGAUUAUUGUCGCCUCUUCUGCAGCUGUUGUCAAGGCAACAGGGGCAUGUCAGUAUGACUGCAAUGACUACAGUGGCAGAAGUCUUGAACAAGCUGCUUGUUGUAGGCAUCACUGACUCCGAUGCAGACAUUAGAUACUGUGUGCUGACCUCACUGGACGAACGCUUUGACCCUCACCUUGCUCAGGCUGAAAACCUCAGUGCUCUCUUUAUUGCUUUAAAUGAUGAAGCAUUUGAGAUUCGUGAGCGAGCCAUCUGUAUGAUCGGUAGACUCAGCUCCAAGAACCCAGCCUAUGUCAUGCCAUCUCUGAGAAAGGUCCUAAUUCAGAUUCUGACAGAACUGGAACAUAGCGGCAUUGGGAGAAACAAGGAACAGGCAGCCAAGAUGUUGGGGCACCUAGUAUCAAACACAGCCAGACUCAUCAAACCGUACAUGGUUCCAAUCAUGGGGACACUGAUUCCCAAACUGAAGGAUCCAGAUCAGAAUCCUGGUGUAGUGAUCAGUGUAUUGCAGGCAAUAGGAGAACAAGCUCAGGUGAGUGGAGCAGAUAUCAGCAAGUGGAUGGAUCAACUGUUACCCAUUAUACUGGACAUGUUACAGGAUUCCUCCUCUUUGCAGAAACGAGAGGUUGCUCUGUGGACCCUAGGGCAGCUUGUAGAAAGCACUGGGUCAGUGGUAGAGCCUUACAGCAAGUAUCCCAACCUGCUAGACGUGCUGCUGAAUUUUCUGAAAACUGAACAGUCCAUCACCAUCAGGAGGGAGGUGAUACGUGUACUCGGCUUACUGGGUGCUUUAGACCCGCAUAAGCACAGGAUGAACCUGGGAGUUAUCAAGGAUUCGGAGGCUACAGGCAGCAAGUCUGAGCAUAAAGUUGGCUCUCAGGACCCUGGCACAGGAGAGGUGAGCACAAGCGAACUAAUGAGCUCAUGCAGCACCCUGGAGGAGUUCUACCCAGCCAUUGCCAUCCACCUGCUGAUGAGGAUCAUCCGAGACCCAUCCUUGUCCCAGCACCACAACAUGGUGGUUCAGGCCAUCACCAUCAUCUUCAAGUCCAUGAACAUCAAGUGUGUGCCCUACAUUCAGACUGUCAUUCCAGCGUACUUGACUGUCUUCCGGACAGCAGAUCCCAGUUUUAGAGAGUUCCUAUUUCAACAACUGGGUGUGAUCAUUGCCAUAGUGAAACAGCACAUCAAAAACUACCUGGGUGACAUCUUCACUCUCAUUAAGGAGUAUUGGUCCCCAUCCACAUCCAUGCAGAGUGCCAUCAUCAUCCUGAUUGAGCAGAUUGUCAAUGCUUUGGGCACUGAGUUCCGCAUCUACCUUCCACUCAUCAUUCCACAGAUACUGAGAGUCUUCAUGCAUGAUACAAGUGAAAAUAAAAUUGUCACAUCAAAGCUAUUGAAAGCUUUAGAGAUGUUUAAUGGCAACCUUGAUGAUUAUCUUCACUUGCUGCUGCCUCCCAUAGUCAAGCUGUUUGAUAAUGCAGAGAAUCCUAUCCACAUCAGAAGGAGUGCCCUGGAGACAGUCGACAGACUGACCGACUCUCUGGACCUCUCGGACUAUGCCUCUCGUAUCAUUCACCCCUUGGUGCGCACCAUGGACACAACACCAGCGCUUCACACCACAUGUAUGGACACUCUUUGCACCCUGGUCAUCCAGCUCAACUACAAGUUCACAAUCUUCAUUCCCAUGGUUACAAAGGUCAUGAGUCGGCACAGGAUCCACCAUCAAAGGUUUCACGUUUUGAUGACCAGAAUUCUUAAGGGCACAACUAUAGCUGACGAGGAAGAUGAUCCUAUCUUAAUGAAGAAAGAACGCCAGGAUCAACUCAAGAAAAAAGGCAAGGACAGGUCAGACAAUGCCCCAGACACCACGGCCAUCAAGAAGCUGAGUGUCAACUUUGAAACUAUGAAGAAGGCACUUGAAACUGGUCGCCGUGUGUCCAAGGAGGACUGGAUGGAGUGGCUGAGAAAGUUGAGUAUUGAGCUUCUGAAGGAGUCUCCGUCCCCAGCGCUCAGAUCAAGCCUUGCACUGGCCCAGACCUACAACCCUCUUGCCAGGGAUCUGUUUAACCCAGCAUUUUUGGCCUGCUGGACAGAACUAACAGAGUUUCAACAGGACGAGGUCAUCGCCAGCCUGGAGAAGACUCUGACGUCCCAGGAGAUACCCGAGAUUACCCAGACCUUGCUCAACCUGGCUGAGUUCAUGGAGCACUGCGACAAGGGUCCCUUGCCACUUGACUGUCAUCUACUGGGAGAACGAGCUAUGAAGUGUAGAGCAUAUGCCAAAGCACUGCAUUACAAAGAAGAUGAGUUUCAUAAAGGUCCUAACACUCAGAUCCUGGAGAAUCUUAUCACCAUCAAUAACAAGCUGCAACAGCGGGAGGCUGCUAAAGGAGUCCUUCUCUAUGCUAUGAAGCAUAACCAUGCCAAUUUGAAAGUACAGGAAAGCUGGUAUGAGAAACUGCAUGAAUGGGAGAAAGCCCUGCAGGCCUACCAGAGAAAGCAGGAGCAGAACAAGGAUGAUGACAGCCUCACUCUGGCUAGAAUGCGAUGUUUGGAAGCUUUGGGAGAUUGGAACCAGCUACACCAGAUAGCAUUGGACAGAUGGCCAGUGGUAUCCGAUGAAAUGAAGACCAGCAUGGCACGGAUGGCCUCAGUGGCAGCCUGGGGUCUAGGUCAGUGGGACAGUGUGGAGCAGUACAUGUUCUACAUUCCACGAACCAGUCACAACGCUGCUUUCUUCAAGGCUGUCUUUGCUUUACACUCCGAGAACUAUCAGUUGGCUCAGCAGUGCAUUGAUAAAGCUCGGGAUAUCUUAGACACAGAGUUGACUGCCAUGGCUGGCGAGAGUUACAACAGAGCCUAUGGGGCCAUGGUGAAUGUCCAGAUGCUAGCAGAACUGGAGGAGGUGAUCCAGUACAAGCUGGUGCCAGAACGGAGAGAGGCAAUCAAACAGAUGUGGUGGAACAGGCUCAAGGGAUGUCAAAGAGUGGUUGAGGACUGGCAGAGGAUCCUGCAGGUUCGGUCUCUCGUCAUAUCUCCAGAGGAAGACAUGGAUGCCUGGCUAAAAUAUGCCAGUUUGUGUCGCAAGAAUGAGCGACUGGCCUUGUCCCACAAGACGCUGGUGACCUUGCUGGGCAGUGACCCACUUAAGCAGCCAGACCAUGUGAUUCCAACCACACACCCGAAAGUCACAUAUGCGUAUCUGAAACAUAUGUGGAAGGAUAAUCGUAAGAUUGAUGCCUACAACAAACUACAGAUGUUUGUGAGGCAGUCCCUGCAGACCAAGUCCUUGCAGAUCAUGGGACCUGAUGAGGCAACCCAGAGAACUAGGCUCAACCAGCUGACUGCAAGGUGUUACUUGCGACUGGGCCAGUGGUCGGAGGAUCUCCAUGGGGUCACAGAGGAGUCCAUCCCGCAGAUUCUUGACUACUACAACCUGGCUAAAGAAAAUGACGACACCUGGUACAAGGCUUGGCAUGCACUGGCACUGAUGAAUUAUGAAGCAGUUCUGUUCUACAAGCAGAAAGAACAAGCAGCAACUGCUGCAUCCUCAGGAAUUGACCUUGACCAACCACCCCGUCUGGACCACUCCCCCAGGCCAGAAACGAUUGCUGCAAAGAUACAGAGGCAUUGCAUCCCAGCUGUGCAUGGGUUUUUCAAGUCUAUUGAUCUCUCAUCACAAAAUAGCCUACAGGACACACUCAGACUUCUGACCCUGUGGUUUGACUAUGGGCAGUGGCCGGAGGUCUAUGAGAUCAUGGGAGAGGGAAUCAAGAGCAUUCAGAUAGACAACUGGCUGCAAGUGAUUCCUCAGCUGAUAGCUCGCAUUGAUACACCCAGGUCUCUGGUACAGAGGCUGGUUCAUCAGCUUCUUGUAGAGAUCGGUAAAGCUCAUCCACAGGCCCUCAUCUAUCCGCUAACUGUGGCUUCCAAAUCAAAUACUGCCUCACGCCAGGCAGCUGCCAACAAGAUCCUCAAGAGCAUGUGUGAGAGGAGCCAGACCCUGGUAGCUCAAGCGAUGCUGGUUUCAGAAGAACUCAUUCGAGUGGCCAUCUUAUGGCAUGAACUCUGGCAUGAAGGACUUGAGGAGGCCUCUAGGUUGUACUUUGGAGACAGGAAUGUCCGAGGCAUGUUCAGCACCCUGGAGCCUCUUCAUGCCAUGAUAGAGCGUGGCCCUCAGACUCUGAAGGAAACAUCUUUCACACAGGCUUAUGGUCGUGACCUUAUGGAAGCCCAGGAGUGGUGCAGAAAGUACCAACGUUCAGGUGUUGUCAAGGACCUAACCCAAGCCUGGGACCUCUACUAUCAUGUGUUCAGGAGGAUCUCCAAACAGCUGCCUCAGCUGACAUCUCUAGAGCUUCAGUAUGUCUCACCCAAACUCUUGAGCUGCCGGGACCUUGAACUUGCUGUGCCAGGUUCAUAUGAACCAAACCAGCCAGUUAUCCGUAUCAAGAGGGUUCAGAGUUCACUUCAGGUCAUAACCUCAAAACAAAGGCCAAGGAAACUGAGCAUUUUUGGCAGUGAUGGAGUAGAGUACCAGUUUCUGCUGAAAGGCCAUGAAGAUCUGCGUCAGGAUGAAAGGGUGAUGCAGCUCUUUGGGCUGGUCAAUUCCCUGCUCCGGAACAAUCCAGACACUUUCAGAAGAAACCUCACAAUAACCCGGUUUGCUGCCAUCCCCUUGUCCACCAACUCUGGGUUGAUUGGCUGGGUGAGGAACUGUGAUACCAUUCAUUCCCUGAUCAGAGACUACAGGGAGAAGCGCAAGAUCCUCCUCAACAUUGAACAUCGGGUCAUGCUGAGGAUGGCACCCGACUAUGAUCACCUGACGCUCAUGCAGAAAGUGGAAGUCUUUGAACAUGCUCUGGAGCACACCCAGGGUGAUGACCUGGCCAGGAUUCUGUGGUACAAGUCUCCCAGCUCAGAGGUGUGGUUUGACCGACGAACCAAUUACACCCGUUCUUUAGCAGUCAUGUCUAUGGUUGGCUAUGUGCUUGGUCUUGGAGACAGGCAUCCAUCCAACUUGAUGCUGGACAGAAUCAGUGGCAAAAUCAUCCACAUUGAUUUUGGGGAUUGUUUUGAGGUGGCCAUGGUGAGAGAGAAGUACCCAGAGAAGAUUCCCUUCAGGCUCACCCGCAUGCUGAUCAAUGCCAUGGAGGUGACUGGCAUUGAUGGCAACUACAGAGAGACCUGCAAUAAGGUGAUGUCUGUACUGAGAGAGAACAAGGAGUCCCUGAUGGCGGUGCUUGAGGCCUUUGUUUAUGACCCACUUCUCAGCUGGAGACUGGUGGAUGCCCACAAGACCAAGGCAGCUGGAGGGGCAGGGAAGGGCAAAUCUGCGGGGUCCAUCAAUGAAAGCACUGAUGCUUCCGCACCCGUUGAUCUGUUAGAGAUAGAAGGCCCACAGUCCAGUAGUAGCAAGAAAGUAAACGUAGCUCAUCUAGAUGGUGGGGAUGACUACAGUACCAUCCUGGAGGUCACUAGCAAGAAAGCCAUCAGCAUUGUCAACCGUGUCCGUGACAAACUGACUGGUCGAGACUUUGGCCAGGACGAUCCUGUAGAUGUGAACCGGCAGGUGGAGCUGCUGAUUCAGCAGGCCACAUCCCACGAGAACUUGUGUCAGUGUUACAUCGGUUGGUGCCCCUUCUGGUAG